AUGCCGCUGUGGAAGCACAAGAAGAGCAAGACCAAGAAGGCGGAAGAGACGCUGCCGCCAGAAGAAUCCCUGUCGCAGGCCGUCGUCCCGGUGGGAUGCCAAGAAGUCGUGCCUGUCGGGCCGCAGGAGGUUGUGCUCGCCGCCCCCGCCGGCGAUCCGGGCCAAGAAAUUGAAAUUCCAUCCCGCAUACCCGCGCCCAAAGUUCACGGCUCUCUCGUCAAGUCCACGGCAGGGGCCUACGGGUUUGAUAUCCUUCACCAACCCCCAGGCCCUGUCGCAGAGGACCCGAGACAUCACCUGGACCCGCAACGCCGGAAAAAGUCGGCCUGCUUCUGGCCCAAGGAUCUCCUCCCGGAAGAAGGGCACGGAAUCCCCGAGGCCCGCAUCGCAUCGUGGGGCUACGACGCAAACGUCGUCGACAAGCGGCCCUUCUCCGCCGUAUCCACCAACUCGAUCGAGCAGCACGCGGCGAACCUAUGCGCGGACCUAGCCGCCCUGAGACGUAGCGAGGUCAGCAGCAACGCUGACACCAGCCAGAGGCCCAUCAUCUUCGUGGUCCACAGCCUCGGCGGGCUCGUCCUCAAGUCUGCCCUUCUCCACGCCAAUGAGUCGCGCGCCAGCACCACGGCGUCGAUUGCCGCAGUCGUCGAUGCCACCGCGGCCAUCGCCUUCAUGGGUACGCCGCACCGAGGGUCGGAACAAGCUCAGUGGGGUAGCAUACUCGCCUCGGCCCUCAGUCACGUCAAACAGGGCAACGCUGAUUUGGAACGUUUCAUGAGAUUCCUGGAGCUUCGCAAGGAACAAGAUCGGCCAAUUGAGAUUACAACCUUUUAUGAGGAGCUGCCACUCCCAGUCAUAGGAACAAUCGUACCUGCCGCCUCUGCCAAGAUGGAUCCAUACAAUUCCAUCGGCAUCCACGCCAACCACAUGGAUCUGGUGAGAUUCGGUGGGGAUGAUAGUCCCGGUUACAUCAAAGUCGUAGGCGAACUACGACGGUGGAUAGACGCUCUGAAGCAGCAAUCAGAAGUUGUCAAGACGCAGCAGGGCACAAUGACAAACACCGCCAACGGGAGCGUUCAGCACAGCGGCAAUGUUGCAACGGGAGGAGUCGCAUUUUACGGGAACCAAAACUUUUCGGGGCAGCAAUUCAGCAUCGGCGGUUUCCAUCACCAUGGACCGGAACCUUGA